AUGCCGAUCAUUUGUCUGCUCUUCCGGUACCAAUUCGUCUCCGUGGUGAGCUCAGACCUGAGCGGAUCUGUAGGAGUCGAGUCAGUGGAGUCGGACCAUUGGAUUCCCGAACCAGGCGAGCAUCGGUUCAAGGCGUUGUCGGCGACUUACUCAAUCGCCUUGGGAACACGGGUGUUCGACAGUCCAUUACCCGUGGCCACCAGUUAA